AUGGCGGAAUUCCAAGCUGAUGACCACCAGCCAGGAGGCUCAUCGACAGUCGUCACUGCUCCACCUCCACCUCCACCCCCUCCUGCCUCCUCUUCCUCCUCGUCCACUUUCUCAACUUCUAAACUUCCGACUCCUACUCAGACACAGACGCAGACGCAGACGCAGGCACAUACAUCCCAACUAGCCACCAAUGGAACUCCCGGAGAAUCUUCUUCCACGACUACCGGUGCUACCACUACUACAACCGCUGCUACUACUACAACAACAACUACACACCGAGAUGAUGUAACCUCUCCGACGCUCCCCAGCACCCUUCUCAAUGGUCUUCCCAAGACCGUGCCAAAUGGUACCCUCAAUGGUUUACCCAAUGGCUCGUCUAAUAGCCCGCCAAACACCAGUUCCAAUGAUCAUCCACCCAAAACAAUUGUUGAAUCCGACAAGGCCACCUCGACAGACCCACCAAAAGAAGCAGAAAGAUCCAAGACCACGACUACGGCAACAUCUAUCAAUGGAAUCGAUGGUCCGUCUGGCGAGGCUACUUUGAUUUCCCCUGAAGAACAGCUAAAGCUAGCAGAAGAAGAAGGAGAAGAAGGAGAAGAAGCUAGCGUCGCAGGAGAAGCAAAAGAGCCCGAAACGAAACCAACCAGGAAGAAACCUGGUCCGUCAUCUGAUAUUACAGCUGCUGAAUGGGAUGGUGGGAUGGCUAAAGAGGACGUGCAGGACAACUUGGACGACCUCGAAAACGCCGAUUCCGAAUCAGAAGCAGCCGAUGAAAAGGUUUCCGAGAGGUCCAAGCUCGAGAAAGGAAAGGCUCCUAUCAUUCACCUGAUAGUGAGGAACAACCCAAAAUCGACAAACUCUGAAAAGAAAAAACAAAAACACAAGCCACUCAAACUGAUUGACCUGCCGUUAGAUGUUCUGAAAGAGAUAGUCCGAGAGGUAACUAAUACGACCGAUCUCUGCUCACUUUGUCUCGCACAUUCAUCUCUACACGCUCUCGCCAUUCCCCUCAUAUACUCGCGGUUCGAUAUAGUGUGGCCGGAUCAAAAUGUGACCUCGGAUAGGACUGGUGUCGAUGCAUUGACAUAUGGCCUGGCAACCCUCGUCUCCAACGAGAAUGAGUACGCUCAAUAUGUCCGGAAGUUUUCGCUUGGCAAUGGCCCCAAAGAGUGGGUCGGAGAGUACGCAACAAACAAAGAAGGCGGCAAAAUGCUAGGAACCCUCGUCGGAUUAGCUGUCUGGAAAAUGGGUAUGUUGGAGACGUUCAGCUGGGACAUGCCCACCGGUAUACUUAGGGAUGUCUGGAGAGCCUUGCACCGGCUGAACUCACUGCAAAAUAUUCAUGUCAGGUGGCACGACAAUUCACUCAUAGACCCUGCUGGAUCCCCCGACAGUUCGCGUAAGAUCGAACGACCGACAUUUAGCGGUCUCAAGGGCCUCAAAUCUCUUAGCGUGUUGGACGUGGAUGAAUUAGUAUAUCUAAGGGAAAUGGCUCUUGCAGUUGAAAAGAGUUAUACAACGCUGCGAGAACUGCGCCUUGGAAUUGCAAUCCACGCCGGAACAAAACGCUGGGCGCAUGACGAUAUGGAAACCAUAACCCCGGACACCAAUGAUGGGUUUGGAGAAGGCGGUGCUAUUGGUAUCAUCGUAGGGAAGAUUUGUGACUUCAAUAAGCGCGCCCCAACGACUGCUCUCUCGACCUCCCAAACUGUGACCGCGGACAAUGCGUUGACACAGGAGCAGCUAGCCCAAAUCCUUCAGGGCCAGCAGCAAGCCCAGCAGACUGCCCAAGGCGAUGCAGAUAAUGCCGCUUCUACGUCUGGGGCUAGUACCAUCAACACAGCCAUGGCAACCGUCGCUACCUCUGUUCAGCCCGCUGCUAAGACUUCAUCCAAGUCCAAAAAGGAAGGCUCCGGACCAAGCAAGCAGCUAAAGCUUCAAACACUCGAGCUUGAGAGAGUGCCCAUAUCCACUAGGGUCCUUACCAAAGCAAUUGAUUUCAGCUAUCUCGUCAAUUUAACUUUGCUUAAUUGCAGUAAUCAGUCGAAACUAUACAAGACGCUGAGACGGAAAUUCUCUCCCUACCCCCCAAGCGUCUUGGUCAAACUCAACAAGCUGGCCGUAAACCCAGGUUCUACCAACAAGCCUCCCCUGCACAUCCCACCACCUAGUUAUCGGCUGCGCCUAAAGAAAAUUCACACCGAUAUGGUAUCCGUGUCCCUCAUAGAAUUCUUACACUCCACCCUCGCUCCGAAUUCCCUUGAGACCCUCUUCCUUCAGGAAAUAGCAGGAGAUAGUUAUGUAUCCACGGUGGAACUAGUUCAAAUCCUCCAUGAGGUUCUCCGCCGUCACCGCCUCUCCCUCCAACGUCUCCUCAUCGAUUCCUAUGUGCAACACCCUGAUGUUCCCGGGGAUAACCCGAUAAACGUCCAGUCCAUCCUCGCCCACAAAUCCAAAUGGUGUUUUAACCAAGAAACAAUCUCAUUUAUGACUGAGAUGCCGAGGUUGCGAGAGCUGGCGUUCGGAGUCGAGUAUUCUGACUGGCACUACAUGAUCACCCGACUCCCGGAAAUGAAGAGCCUGAAAAGUCUCUAUAUCCCACACGUCAUUGGCGGUGAAUUCCAUAAGCUAGAAAAGCAAAGCGAAGAGCUCGCCAAAACGAUUGUGGAUGUGGUUACGCUGCGCCCCGAGUGCGGCCUUUGUUAUGUCGGCAUCGUGAAUAAGUGCUUCGAAUUACUAGAGGGUGAAGAAGGCAACGAAGAUGGCUCGGGUCACGACAAUGCAGUAAUGACGGAUGAAGAUGAGGAUGACGCUAGUGAUGACGAUGAUGGAACAGACGACGGCAAUGACGACGACGGUAGCGAUGAUGGUGACGAAACCGAGGACGCUGACGAAACAAGUGAUACUGAGGGUUCUCCACUCGCUACUAGCGGCAUGUACCCGUCGGCAUCAUUUGACUCCUUUGACGAAUACGACGAUGAUGUGCUACCGAAGAGGAAGCGGGUCAGUAUACGGGAGCGAGAAAUUUUGUUUUACGAUGACAAAGUUGCCGUGUUCAAAGCUAGGUUUGGGAAGCUAUGA